GGCGACGCUGAAUGCUGUCACUGCUCUCCUCCUGCAUUACCCAGCAUCCCACAGCAACAGGUAGCCCACAGUAGGUCAUACAUAAGAGGACAACUGCAGUGACUGCGGAAGAGUGUACUUUAUCGUCUGAUAUAAUUUACACCUGUCAAUCAUCUGACUGCAGACCAUCUCUUGAACCUGGACGUGUGGACAUACAUAACAAUUAGAGACAGAAGGACGGACAGAUAGAGGUGCAGAGAUAGAAGAAGAAGAAAAAGGGAGAGCGGGGCGCAAUACAAACACUUAAAUCACUGUAAGGUCCCUCACAUGGUGACUUCUAAUGUCAAAACUCUAAACCAGAAACAUGGUCAUUCUGCAACAGGGGGACUAUGUCUGGUUGGACCUCAGAACAGGCCGUGAGUUUGACGUCCCUGUUGGCGCCGUGGUCAAACUCUGUGAUUCGGGUCAUAUCCAGGUCUUAGAUGAUGAAGGAAAGGAGCACCGGAUCUCUCUUCAGAAUGCUACAAACAUCAAACCUAUGCACUCAACCUCCAUUCAUGGGGUAGAGGACAUGAUCCGUCUCGGGGACUUGAAUGAAGCUGGUAUCCUCAGAAAUCUCCUGAUCCGUUACAACGACAGGGUCAUAUAUACGUACACAGGAUCAAUCCUGACAGCGGUGAAUCCAUACCAGCUCCUGCCCAUCUACACACCUGAUCAGAUCCGCCUCUACACAAACAAAAGGAUAGGAGAGAUGCCACCACACAUCUUUGGCAUUGCAGACAACUGCUACUUCAGUAUGCAAAGAAACAACAAGGACCAAUGCUGCAUCAUCAGCGGUGAGUCUGGAGCUGGGAAGACGGAGAGCACCAAACUCAUCUUACAGUUCCUGGCAGCUAUCAGCGGCCAACACACCUGGAUUGAGCAGCAGGUUCUGGAAGCCAACCCUAUUUUAGAAGGUCAGAUCAUCUCUAAACCUAAUGAUAUAAACCCUACCUGUCUGACACUAGUGAUUGCCAGCGGUAGCUUCAGUGCUAGGUCACAACACGGCCCUGUGAUCUGUUUCCUGGAGAAAAACCGAGACAGCCUCCACAGUGACAUCAUCCAACUCAUGCACUCAUCCAAAAACAAGUUCAUCAAGCAGAUCUUCCAAGCUGAUGUUGCUAUGGGAAUGGAGACAAGGAAGCGUUCCCCGACUCUGAGCAGCCAGUUUAAACGCUCACUCGAGCUGCUCAUGAGGACGCUGAGCGUGUGUCAGCCUUUCUUUGUGCGCUGUAUUAAACCCAAUGAGCUCAAAAAGCCCAUGAUGUUUGAUAGAGGACUGUGUGUCAGGCAGUUACGCUACUCUGGGAUGAUGGAAACUAUCCGAAUACGCAGAGCUGGAUAUCCCAUACGCUACACAUUCGCUGAGUUUGUGGAUCGUUAUCGGGUUCUUAUGCCUGGGGUCAAACCAGCCUACAAACAGGAAGAUCUGCGAGGGACCUGUCAGCACAUUGUUGUGUCAGUUCUGCAGAAAGAUGAUGAUUGGCAGAUUGGAAAGACAAAAAUCUUUCUGAAGGAUCAUCAUGACAUGCAGCUGGAAAUUGAAAGAGAUAAAGCCAUCACUGACAAGGUCAUUCUCAUCCAGAAGACUGUGAGAGGUCAGAAAGAGAGAACUAACUUCCUAAGGGUUAGAAAGGCUGUGACAUUAAUCCAGCGAAUAUGGAGAGGCUACAUCUCUAGAAAGCACUACGCUGUGAUGUGUGUAGGUUUCUUGCGGCUCCAGGCCUUGUACAGGUCACGGAAGUUGUACCUGGUGUACCAAGCUUCCAGGACACGCAUAACUCUGCUCCAGGCCUGGUGCCGUGGCUUCCUGGUGCGGCGGACAUUCUCAAAGCGCUUCCAUGCUGUCCUGACAAUCCAGGCUUAUGCACGAGGAAUGAUAGCACAUAGACUAUGCAAGCGUCUCAGACUGGAGAGGGAGCGACGAUUAGAAGCAGAGCGGCAGCGUCUGGUUGAGGAGGAGCGUCUGAGGAACCAGAUGACGGCACGUAGGGCUCAAGCAGAGGCAGAGAGGAAGCACCAGGAGCGUCUGGCCCAGCUCGACCAAGAGCAGAAGGAGAGAGAGCAGGCAGAGCGGGAUGAGACACAGAGGAAAAAGGAGUUUCUGGAGCAGAUGGAGAGAGAAAAACAGGAGCCAGUCAACGACUCUGACAUGGUGGACAAGAUGUUCGGAUUCCUGGGCAGCGCCAACUCUCUUCCCAACCUGGAGGGUGAAGCACCAGAAGGGUUUGAGGAUCUUGAGAAAGUUCCCAGACAGUUUGAGAAAGUCAUUGAUGAACCUCUUCCACUUCCUGAUGAUGAAGAGGAAGACCUAUCAGAGUAUACAUUUGCAAAGUUUGCUGCAACCUACUUCCAGGGAAAUGCCACACAUACGUAUAUACGGCGGCCACUGAAACAACCUCUGCUGUUUCAUGAGGAUGAAGGAGAUCAGCUAGCUGCUCUGGCUGUGUGGAUCACUGUUUUGAGGUUUAUGGGAGAUCUCCCUGAACCCAAAUAUCAUAUCAGCAUUAGUGACGGCAGUGAGAAGAUUCCAGUUAUGACUAAAAUCUAUGAGACAUUGGGGAAGAAGACCUACAAAAGGGAGCUGCAGGCCCUGCAGGUGGAUGAUGAGAGUUCCACUGCUGACAUCCAGAAGAGGAACAGCAUACGGCAUAAGCUGGUGUCCCUCACAUUAAAGAAAAAAUCAAAGAUCACAGAGGAGGUGACCAGACGGCUGACCGACAGCGAUUACAGUCUGCAGGGAAACAGCAUGCUGGAAGACCGGCCCACCUCCAAUUUAGAAAAGCUCCACUUUAUCAUUGGCAAUGGCAUAUUACGCUCUGCUCUCAGAGAUGAGAUCUACUGUCAAAUCUGUAAACAGCUGAGCCAGAAUACAUCCAAAAGCAGCCAUGCCCGUGGCUGGAUCCUGCUGUCCCUCUGUGUGGGCUGCUUUGCUCCUUCCGAAAAAUUCAUCAAAUAUCUGCGGACAUUCAUUAACAGCGGUCCGCCUGGUCAUGCGCCUUAUUGUGAGGAGAGACUGAGAAGAACAUUUGCGAAUAAGACUAGAACCCAGCCUCCUUCUUGGCUUGAGCUGCAGGCCACUAAAUCUAAGAAACCCAUCAUGUUGCCAGUGACCUUCAUGGACGGCACUACAAAGACCCUGCUCACUGACUCCGCCACCACAGCCGAAGAGCUCUGCUAUGCUCUGUCAGACAAAAUCGGCCUGAAGGAUCGCUUUGGCUUCUCUUUAUACAUUGCUCUUUUUGAUAAGGUUUCAUCACUGGGCAGUGGGAAGGAUCAUGUGAUGGAUGCUGUGUCACAGUGUGAGCAAUAUGCUAAAGAGCAGGGUGCUCAGGAGCGCAAUGCCCCCUGGAGGCUGUUCUUCAGGAAGGAAAUCUUCACGCCCUGGCACAACCCUGCCGAGGACAGCGUGGCCACUAACCUCAUCUACCAGCAAAUCGUGCGCGGGGUCAAAUUCGGGGAGUACCGUUGUGAUAGGGAGGAGGACCUGGCUGAGCUGGCCUCUCAACAGUACUAUGUGGACUAUGGGUCAGAAGUCCUACCAGCCCGUCUUCUGAGUCUUAUUCCAUCCUACAUACCAGACAGAGAAAUUACUCCCUCCAAGACAGUGGGAAAAUGGGCACAAAUGAUCAUAGCAACUCACAUAAAGGGAAUCUACACACAGAAGAGGUUUGAUUCGCAGAGAGUGAAGGAGGAGGUGGUGGAUUUCGCUCGAUUUAAGUGGCCUUUGCUUUUUUCUCGCUUCUAUGAGGCCUUCAAAUUCUCAGGGCCUAGUCUCCCAAAGAAUGAUGUUAUAGUGGCAGUGAACUGGACCGGAGUCUACUUUGUGGAUGAGCAUGAGCAGGUCCUUCUAGACCUUUCUUUCCCAGAGAUCACUGCAGUCUCCAGUAGCAGAGGUGGAAAGUUGCAGGAACAGAGCUUCACUCUGGCCACCAUUAAAGGAGAUGAGUACACCUUCACAUCCAACAAUGCCGAAGACAUCCGUGACCUAGUUGUCACCUUCCUAGAGGGCCUGCGUUCUAGGUCAAAGUUUGUGGUGGCCCUGGUGGACAGCCAUUACCCUGCUGGACAUGACUCUUCGUUCCUGAGAUACUCAAAGGGAGAUCUGAUCUUUCUGGAUGAGCACACUGGAGAGCAGGUCCUGAAUUCAGGCUGGGCUCACGGGGUCAAUGAUAGAACCAAAAAAACAGGAGACUUCCCUGCAGACAACGUCUAUGUGCUGCCCACCAUCACCAGGCCACAAUAUGAUAUUGUAUCAUUGAUUACCAUGUCCCCAGAUCAGCAUAAGGACUCCAUCAGUUUGUCCCAUCAGAAUCAGCUGGACAGUGGGGAGAAGGUUCAGCCGUACACUCUAGAGGAGUUCUCCUACGAUCACUUCAGACCGCCUUCCAAGAGCACACUGAGUCGUGUGAUCCUCAAUAAAGGCAGAGGGAAGGAUAAACUGUGGUGUUGCACCAGAGAACCUCUCAAACAGCCUUUGCUGAAGAAAGUCCUCAAUCAUGAAGAGCUGUCCCAGGAUGCCUGCCAGGCCUUCAUUGCUAUCAUGAAGUACAUGGGCGACUACCCCUCGAAGAGAAGCCGCUCAGUCAAUGAGCUCACUGAUCAGAUCUUUGAGGGAGCUUUAAAGGCUGAACCUCUGAAGGACGAAAUCUUCUGUCAGAUCAUCAAGCAAUUGACCGAGAAUCAUGUGAAAUACAGUGAGGAGAAGGGCUGGGAGCUUCUCUGGCUCUGCACUGGGCUUUUUCCUCCCAGUAACAUGUUGCUUCCUCAUGUCCAAAAGUUCCUGCAAUCCAAGAAACAACAUCCAGUCGCCCCAGACUGCAUGCAGAGACUGCAGAAAGCCUUGCGAAAUGGAUCCAGAAAGUAUCCUCCCCACCUUGUAGAAAUGGAGGCCAUUCAACACAAAACUACCCAAAUCUUUCACAAAGUGUACUUCCCUGAUGACACUGAUGAGGCUUUUGAAGUUGAAUCGAGCACAAAAGCCAAAGAUUUCUGUCUGAACAUCGCUGGCAAAAUGAUGCUCCAGUCUUCUGAAGGCUUCAGCUUGUUUGUCAAAAUAUCUGACAAGGUGAUCAGUGUGCCAGAAGGAGAUUUCUUCUUUGACUUUGUUCGACAUCUAACAGACUGGAUCAAAAAAGCCAGAGCUGUGAAAGAUGGCACAGUGCCUUCACUGACCUACCAAGUGUUUUUCAUGAAGAAACUGUGGACCAGCACCGUUCCAGGCAAAGAUCCCAUGGCCGACUCCAUUUUUCAUUACUUCCAGGAGCUCCCAAAGUAUCAGCGUGGCUACCACAAGUGCUCUCUUGAAGAGGCGUUCCAGCUGGCUGCACUCAUUUACAGAGUGAGGUUUGAGGAGGACAAAUCACAGUUUCAUAACUUCACCAAGAUGCUGAAGGAGCUGCUUCCUCAGGACAUGGUGCAUCAGCUGUCGCCCGACGACUGGAAACGGCCUGUCGUUACGUACUUCAAUAAACAUGCAGGGAAAUCUCGAGAGGAAGCAAAAGUGAUGUUUCUGGAAAUCAUUUACCAGUGGUCUACUUUUGGAUCGGCAUUUUUUGAAGUCAAGCAAUCCUCAGAUCCAAAUUUCCCAGAAGUCCUCUUGAUAGCGAUCAACAAGCAUGGUGUUACUCUCGUUGACCCAAAAACUAAGGACAUAUUGGGCACACACCCCUUCACCAAAAUCUCGAACUGGAGUAGUGGACAUACCUAUUUCCACAUUACCAUUGGUAACCUGGUUAGAGGGAAUAAACUGCUGUGUGAGACUUCACUGGGAUACAAGAUGGAUGAUCUUCUCACGUCUUACAUCAGUCAGAUGUUGACGACCAUGACCAAGCAGCACAGUUCACGUGUAAAUAACAAGUAACAUGCAAGGCUUAUAAUAGUGCACUGUUUAUUUAUAAGCACACAGACUCAGUUCUGACUUUAUCCUAGAUCCAUCAUUUUGAUACAUGAAGACGAACUGAAUCUGCUUUUAGUGUUGUUACUUUUUCAUACUGGAGCCUUAAUUGUAAAUUGGGAGUUUAAUUUAUGUUAUAGCAUUUCACAGUCUUUUAAUGUCAAUGAAGAACAUGUUUAAUUGACAGUCAAAAAAAACGUGUUGCCUUGAAGUUUUAGGCCCUCAUAUGGUUUUACUCUGAUAUCAAAUUGAAAGUCUAUUAAGUCAGAUCAAGUUCAUGAUUUCAGCUAAUUUGUGAAUGAUUUGCACAUCUCAUUUUGCCAGUUAAAUGCAUCAUAAGGAUUUAGAAUGUUGCAGAAUUUGGUUUUGCCCUUUAGCUUAAAGACUUACCAGAUUCUCCUCCUGGUCAUAACCUCCAUGUCAUGUUUUGACCUCUAGGUGACUACUUAUAUAAAUUAAUGUCAGUGACUACAACAUUUAAUUCAGUCUAAAAAGAUAUUCUUUAAAUUUUUCUCAAUAGUAUUUCUUUAUUACCUUUGUAAAUGCUUGACCAGGUGAUGCGUAUUAAAAUGUAUUUUAUAAAUUAAAAGAUCAGUUAUGUGACUACAAUCAUUAUCAU